AUGGGAGGGAAAGUAGAAGACGUUGUGUAUGAUAGAGGCAGUGAAGCAUCAAAGACGUGCAUGUGUCCUGAUGAUACAGGAAGCAAUGCUACCAUCCGCUACCUACGGAACGAGGGAAAGUACUCCGGGAAGAUCGAACAGCCUUCAACUCAUCGUCUCAAAUCUCAUCCAAAUCUAUUCGACUCAGACUUACACUAUUAUACACGUACUACGCAGACGCCAUUUGUUCCCUCUGAUGCUCCGCCGAUCGACGCUCCGAUUGAUUACGCCAUCACUGCUUCCUUUGUCUGCUUAAUUGCUGAUUGAAGAAAUGCAAGACCAUGAAAUGGUUCCAAUUGAUGAAACAACACCACCAAAGUCAACAAAAAGAAAACCAUCCACUACAAAGAAGCUAACACAAGAAAACAACACAAAAGGGGGUUCCAAAAGAAGCUCUAAAAAUGAAGCACAAAUCUUCCAACAACAAGAAAAGUCAACAACUUCUGAUUCUCUACCUGACUCUUCUUCUACUGGUAAUGAUUAUCGAUCUCUGAGACGCAAAUAUUUACUUUUAGAAGAAGAAAGCUUUAAUGUUGGAAGAGAAACAAAAGAGAUUCAAGAUGCUGUUAAAUCUCUUGAAGAGGAAAAACUCUCACUUUUAGAUGAACUUGUUGUGUUAGAAGGCUUAGUUGACCCUUCAGAUCUCAAUGCCAAUGGUCAACGUUCACCAUAACUUCUUUCUAAUUUAGUUAACAGCAGAAUUCUGUAUUUCAAAAACUUUGAAUAUUUAUUCUACUCUUGGUGCUUUUAACUUUUUUAGCUUGUUUUGCUAAUAUACAC